GUUGGACCAAGCCUGCUAUUCCUUGUCUAAGGCAAGGCGGAGACCCGACGAAAUUUUUGAAUCAUCACCAAACCACUGAUGAAAGACAAUUCUUGCACAGAUUCCAUCACAACUAUCGUCUCAAUGCCCUGUGCAUGUUGAAAUUUCACUAUGAUAAUCCAUUGGUAAUUCUCUAUCUGUAGACCUACUUUUUAUCUCACCAAAUGCACAUCUCAUCGAGACCCGUGUCUUUCUCUUCUCUCGACACCCCUGGACAGCUAUGACGGCUACCGCGUCGCCCGAGUCUGCGCCUACACACGACACUGCAACUCUACCCAACUCAAAUCAUACAACAAACGAACUCUGCGAACCGGUUACUCAAGAUGCCACCGUGCCUUUAGACAAUCCAUCUCAUCAAGAAUUACAAUUACAAAAUUCCACAAUAAACCAAUUGUCCUCAACAAAGACUGAACCUAACGGUAUCGAAGUCGACGAAUCUACGGUUGAGACCCCCGUCCAAAAUGGUCAUGCUGACGAAAGACCUGCAAAACGUCGACGAGUUCGUGAAACAACACCUCAAAGCGCAUCUCGCCGACCUAAACUUGAAUCACCUCCAUGGAAGAAGAUAGAGGCUGAAGGGCCCACAACAUUCACCGAAAAUGGCAAACGCAGGUCCGGACGCACUAACCAAAUUCCCUUGGAGUUACAGCCACCAAGUACUAAGAGACUUACUCGAGGUGCUCUUCAUAAUGCUCACACGUCUACUCCUGCCAAAGAAACCCGUUCUACCUCUAAUGGUCACGUAAAUGGGUCACAAAAGCACGCGUUGACAGGGAAGGGAACAUCCUCCAAAGCUCCUACACCGAGUGCCAAGCCUAAUACUAGAAAAACUUUGGCAAAUGUUCCCAAGCCCUCACCAAGAACUCGAAAGCAGUCUGCUUCGCCCCCACCUCAGACAACAUCACCAAGACGAUCAACAAGAGCACAACGAACCGGUAGGAAUCUUCGAGAUGGGUUCGACACCCCUACACGUCCACCUAAUCAGCCUACCGACGAAAGCCCCAACUUACGCCCAACUAAAAUUCGUCUACGGCUAAGAGCACCUGCAAUCCCCACCGUCCACCCAGCUCAACUCAACGUCUUUCCAGGACAGAUGAUUGCACGUGCUAAGAUAUCGUCCGAUUUCCGUGAAUUUGUCGAGCGCGCGCCUAUCAUAGAUGUCAAAGAUGGCGGCUGGCUUGAUCUUGCUGAUGAAGGAGACCCAUACACACAAGAGACAGCUGAGAAAGAUGCUAAGGUUAUUCUGCGGAUUGAGGCCGAGGCCGAGCCUGGUGGAUUGCUCUGUGAAGAACGCUCUACGAUCUAUGUCCCCGAAUCUGCUGAGGAACCUCCACGACAAUGGGCACACAUGGACCAUCUCCUUAAACAAAUGGCCAACUUCCGAAAGCUCAUGGUGAUGGAACAUCAGAGACACAAAGCUACAGCUAAACGAUUGGCCGAGGCUUGCCGUGAAGAAUGGCUGCGCCGACAACCCAAGACGGCCGAGCAAAUCGAGGCCGAAGAAAGGGCCACCUGGAUUGGUCGUUACAAGACCGUAAUUAAGGCUAUUAAUGGGACAUGGGAUAAUGUGAGGAUCGAGGUGAACCGCCGACGUUUAGAAGAGUGGGAGGUUGCCGAACAAAAGCGUGUCAAGGCUGCAUUGAACGAGGCUGUGAAUAUGUCAGAACUCAAGCUGCAAGCUCGUAGAGCGCAUUUUGACUCGGAACCUGUUUCUGAUGAAGACCAAGAAGAGUUGGAGGAAUCCGACGAGGAGGCAGACGACGAAGAUGAAGACAUGGUUUCUGAAGAUGAUCCAACCUCGAUUGAAGGUCUUCGCGAAGACGAUAACGAGGACAAUAUGUCAUCCUCUGAUGACGACGACGAUGCAAAGUCGAAUAUUUCAGACGAGGGUCUCACACAAGACCAGCUACGACAGAAGUAUGCAAAUAUACCCGAGCUCCUUGUUGAAAACGGCCAACCCCUGGGAGAUUUGGAAGACCAAGGUGAAACGAGUGAUGAGUCUAUUGAUAUGGAUGAUGACCUAGGCUCAGACGACGAAGACAUGGACAGUGACGAAGAUGGUGGACAGUCUGAAAAUGAGGAUGAAGACUCGGAGAGCGAGGAGGAACCCUCUGGUCUUCUUGGCCUCUUUUUCGGCAAAUCAGAAUUGCGGAAAAUGAAAGUAGAUGCAGCGGCUGAUGAGCCUUCUUCGGCUCAACAUGAUAUUGAGAUGGCUGACGCCCCGGAUAAUAUGUGUAAUGGAGGAGGAGAAGGAGAAGGUGUAGUCCCUGAUACCAUUACGGCCGUUGAGGAUGGCAAAACAUCAACAUCAGAUGAGGUACCAUCAACGUCAAGACAGGUAACGAGCCACACCGGUGAGGGUCCGAUCACGACUUCUCUCCAAAAUGGGGCGGUUAUGAGCCCAGCAUAUGCUGCAUCUGCUACGAUUACUCCAUCAGAAAAGCCAAGUAUGGCUAUUAAGCCGGACGUCCUGGUUGCAGAGCCUGAACCAUUGCAAGCUCAGGACGUUGAGAUGGAACUGGUUGAUGCCGUCGAACAGGUAAACGGAGACGCCAAAACAACAGCGGCACCACUAGUCGAGGGGACAGCCUUGGCAAUACAGAGUGUUGAAGUCGCAACGGUCUCGUCAGUUCAAGCACAAGCGACCCCGGAUACGGAUGCACUUUCGAAUCCUCCCAGUCAUGAUCGAAGUCAGUCUCCUCGGACGUCUGAUACGAAACCUUCGGAUGUUGAUACUAUCUCCUCUGUUGUGAAGUCUGUUCCAAGCAGGUCAAGCUCGCCCCAAUACCAAGUGCCAAGGACAGAAGUUCCAUUUUUACUACGAGGUACAUUGCGUGAAUACCAACAUUAUGGUUUGGAUUGGCUUGCUGGUUUAUACAGAAACCAGACGAAUGGUAUUCUCGCAGAUGAGAUGGGUCUGGGGAAAACCAUUCAAACAAUUGCCCUAUUGGCUCAUCUUGCUUGCUAUCAUGAAGUAUGGGGCCCCCAUCUGGUUAUCGUCCCCACCAGUGUGAUGUUGAACUGGGAAAUGGAAUUCAAGAAGUGGUGCCCGGGUUUCAAGGUCUUGUCUUACUACGGUAGUAUCGACGAGCGCAAACGCAAACGUCAAGGGUGGAAGACAGAUGACAUGUGGAAUGUAUGCAUCACAUCGUAUCAGAUCGUCCUACAAGAUCAGCAGGUCUUCAAGCGGCGACAAUGGCAUUAUAUGAUACUGGAUGAAGCUCAUAACAUCAAGAACUUCAAGUCCAAACGUUGGCAGACGUUGCUAACAUUCAACACACGCGCGCGACUCCUACUCACAGGCACUCCAUUGCAGAACAAUUUGACUGAAUUGUGGUCACUGUUGUUCUUCUUAAUGCCAUCUGAAAAUGGAGUGGGCGGAUUCGCAGACCUGGCAGAGUUCCAAGACUGGUUCCAUAAACCGGAAUCUCAAAUCUUGGAAAGUGGCCGAGAACAGAUGGACGAUGAAGCACGUGCAAUCAUUGCCAAGCUACACAAGGUACUCCGGCCAUAUCUCUUGCGACGACUAAAAGCAGACGUUGAGAAGCAAAUGCCGGCCAAGUACGAGCACGUCGAGUUCUGCCGACUAUCACGCAGGCAGCGUGAGUUGUACGAUGGAUUUCUAGCUCGUACGGAUACUCGGGAGGCUCUCUCUUCUGGAAAUUACAUCUCGGUGAUCAACUGUUUGAUGCAACUACGCAAAGUGUGCAACCAUCCUGAUCUUUUCGUGGAGCGUCCCAUCAUGACCUCCUUCCGACAACGCAGAUCAGUUCUAGCUGGCUACAAUGCAACGGAGAGCCUCGUCCGAGGCAAGUUGCUUGCUCAGAAGCCUAUGAAUGCCAUUAACUUGAGUUUCCUAAAUCUCGUCCCCACGCAGUAUGAGAACUUGUCCAAAACGAUGUGCGAACGAAUUUCGCAACUGAGCUCUCACCGUGCGCUUAUGGAGCUCCGGGAAGCCCAAAAAACGCGAGCUCGGUCCGUUUACACCAGUUUAGAUCCUACCACAGUGGAAUCCAAUAUCGUGUACCUAGAAAGCGCGGCACGAUGGGGCCGUUUUGAGGAAUUGCAACAUUGCGUCUACCUGAAUGCACUAAGAAGACAACAGCGGCCGAUAUAUGGCAAACAACUGACGGAUUUGCUAACUCUUGGUGUGAAUGAACGACCUCACAAGCCUCGUCCAAAGGUUCCACGGAAGAUUAUGAGUUGGUUCGAAGAAGACUCGCCCACUCUGAGAUCAAUAGUACCUACGUUGAACCAGCGUGCUGCGUCGUGGAAGAGUACAAUUUCCAAGUUCGCGUGUGUUACGCCGGCCGUUAUUACUCGAGAUUAUGAUCGAUUCCUCUUGGGUCCAGAAGGUAUCGAGGCAUUUGAUGAGACGAAUCUCAAAUUAUCAGCUCCAGUCCGCCGCGCUCCAUUCAUGCCCAAAGAAGCACCACUUGAUCCAUGGCAUGAAGCCCGCAUGAGACUCAGCAUCCAGUUUCCAGAUAGGAGACUUCUCCAAUACGACUGUGGAAAGCUUCAGGCCCUUGAACGUCUUUUGCGCAAACUACAAUCUGGUGGCCACCGGGCUUUAAUAUUCACGCAAAUGACCAAAGUGCUUGAUAUUCUCGAGCAGUUCCUGAACAUCCAUGGACACAAAUACCUACGGCUUGAUGGUGCUACCAAAGUAGAACAGCGACAAAUCCUAACAGACCGCUUCAACCACGAUAAUCGGAUCCUCUGCUUCAUUCUAUCUACACGAUCGGGAGGUUUAGGCAUCAAUCUGACUGGAGCAGACACGGUCAUCUUCUACGAUCAAGACUGGAACCCCGCGAUGGACAAGCAAUGUCAAGAUCGAUGUCACCGAAUUGGUCAGACGAGAGAUGUUCACAUUUAUCGUCUCGUGAGCGAACACACCAUUGAGGCAAAUAUUCUGCGUAAAGCAAGUCAGAAGCAGAUGCUGGAUGAUGUCGUGAUUCAAGAAGGUGGCUUUACAACCGACUACUUCAAUAAGCUCUCUGUGCGUGAUGUUAUUGGCAGCACCCCAGAUGAGGCUGAUGUAGUUGGCAAUGCCAUGGACCGUGUGCUUGGCGGGGUUGAGAACAGCGACCAACGGACGGUCGGCAGAGUUCUUGAGCAAGCUGAAGAUCGCGAAGAUGUUGACGCCGCUCACGUGGCAGAGAAGGAGAUCCAGGAAGACGAAGCUGACUUUGCUGAAAAGCCAGUCACAGCAAAUGCAUCUGGAGCCUCAAGUGCCAGACAAGGCACACCUAUGACGCAGGAUGGCUCUCUCGCACCAGGUGCUGGAAAGUCAAACCUUGGCCUAUAUUCCGAAUCGGCGGACGUGGAUGUGGACAAAGCUCUCGAGAGUGUUGAGAAGAAUGCAUGGGGCGAAAAGAUGCAUAACAUAGACGAGUACAUGCUUGCGACCAUGAGCAAGCAGCUCGAAGGAACGGCGUUGGAUCUUCCCAAGGACAAAAAGAAGAAUAAGAACAAAAAGGGCAAAGAUACGCGAAAGAGAUGAUGUCAGAUAUACGAAUACCAAUUUUUACAUGCGCCCAACCCAAAAUUUCGGAGGCAGGAGAUAAACAUCUCGGGCCAUUGUACAUUACAUAACCCCGUGCCAGUGGAAUAAGCACCGAAGGCAUUGAGGAGGCGCAAACGCAUCGUUCAAAGAGAAAGCCGUGGGUAUGAAGGACGAAGGCACAGAAAAGGAUUGCAUUGCAUAAACUUCGGUGUUUCUAUUGUGAAAGGCAAGCAAAAUGGCGGCGUAUUAAUAGGAGGCUUUGCAUUGGAAUCCGCAUAAAGUACUAGUAGUAACAGUUGAAGUAGUGUGCAUGUUGGGGGAGAGCCAUAAAGCCAUUAGAGCUGUAUCUGUAGGCACAGACACCAAGCGGUGCUCUUAUUGCUUAGGGCUACCACUCACCUUAGGUACUUGCUGCCAACUUACUACUAGAUAAUUAAGAUGAUGGAGGGUAAAUGAGAUGAGAGAUGGAAACCGCUCGCGGCGGCCUUUUUCGCUACUCCUUUUUUAAAAGAGAAAUAAAUAAAGCAGAAAAAAAAAAGGAAAAAAAUACGUUUAACCAACCCCUAUUCUAGUAGAUUAGGUACUGCAUAAGGUAGUUUAGUCUUGUCUUCAAUACUAAGUAUAUACUACUA